CAACAAUCGGCAGGCAGGCAGGCAAGCGUCUGAUGUGAGAGAGUCGAUUUGCAAACAGUCUGCACACAGGAAAAGGAGAGGCAGUUACAAACUUUACAAACAGCUGGUUUUCACCAAUAACCUGUAAAGCCAUGGACCAGGAGUAUGAGAGCCGGCUGUUAAGACAGAUCAACAUCCAGAAUGACAAUGCCAGCCCAAUUAAGAUGACUGAGGUCAUGAGAGCACUGACGCCGACCAACUCUCCUCUCUCGUCUCCCAGUAAGCAUGGGGACAGGUUCAUUCCAUCUCGAGCCGGGGCCAAUUGGAGUGUGAAUUUCCAUCGCAUAAAUGAAAAUGAGAAGUCGCACAAUCAAAACAGAAAGACAAAAGAUGGCACAUCAGACAACAGCAAGGCAGACGGCCUGGCCUACUCUGCCCUGCUGAAGAACGAGCUGUUGGGCGCGGGCAUCGAGAAGGUGCAGGACCCCCAGACAGAGGACCGCAGGCUACAGCCCUCCACCCCAGAGAAGAGAAGCCUCUUCAGUUAUUCCCUCAGUGCCAAGCGCUCCCUACCAGAUGAUGGUAACAGUGUAUCGCCAUACUCUUUGUCACCGGUCAGCAGCAACAGUCAGAAACUGUUGCGGUCACCAAGGAAACCGACCCGAAAGAUCUCAAAGAUCCCAUUCAAGGUGCUAGACGCUCCUGAGCUUCAGGACGACUUCUACCUGAACCUGGUGGACUGGUCCUCCCUCAACGUGCUCAGCGUAGGCCUGGGCACCUGUGUGUACCUGUGGAGCGCCUGCACCAGCCAGGUGACCCGUUUGUGUGACCUAUCAGUGGAGGGGGAUUCUGUGACGUCGGUGGGAUGGUCAGAAAGGGGUAAUCUGGUGGCGGUGGGCACACACAAAGGCUUUGUACAGAUCUGGGAUGCUGCUGCUGGGAAGAAGCUCUCUGUCCUGGAGGGACACACAGCCAGAGUGGGUGCGCUGGCCUGGAACGUGGACCAGCUGUCGUCGGGCAGCCGUGACCGUCUGAUCCUGCAGAGGGACAUCCGGGCGCCGCCGCUGCAGUCGGAGCGCAGGCUUCAGGGCCACCGGCAGGAGGUGUGCGGCCUCAAGUGGAGCACCGACCACCAGCUCCUCGCCUCCGGCGGCAACGACAACAAGCUGCUGGUGUGGAACCACUCGAGCGUGCUCCCGGUGCAGCAGUACACGGAGCACCUGGCGGCGGUGAAGGCCAUCGCCUGGUCGCCCCACCAGCACGGGCUGCUGGCGUCGGGCGGGGGCACGGCCGACCGCUGCAUCCGCUUCUGGAACACGCUGACGGGCCAGCCGCUGCAGUGCACCGACACCGGCUCCCAGGUCUGCAACCUGGCCUGGUCCAAGCACACCAACGAGCUGGUGAGCACACACGGCUACUCCCAGAAUCAGAUCCUGGUGUGGAAGUACCCGUCCCUCACACAAGUGGCCAAACUCACGGGCCACUCCUACAGAGUACUCUAUCUGGCAAUGUCCCCUGACGGAGAGGCCAUUGUGACCGGGGCUGGAGAUGAGACUCUGCGCUUCUGGAAUGUCUUCAGUAAAAUGAGAUCCACCAAGGAAUCCAUAUCCGUUCUGAACCUCUUUACAAGGAUUCGAUAACGGAACCAUAUUCGGUUGGACGGGACUGACGGACCCUCUGGGUCUUUGUACACUGACUAUUGCACAACCAGGAUGACCUGUGGAACGGCAUAUGUCCACGGCCCUCUUCCUCAGGUCCCUUCUGAUUGGUUGGUCAGGGGAUGGAGACUCCUCUCUGGCCUUGGAGCUUGUUUCAGAGACUUGUGCAGGACUGCCAAAUACUGACUCUUCAUGAACAAUCUGACUUUCUGUCACCAUUGUGCUCUUCAGCCAGUUGUUUUUUUUAUUAUGUUUUGUUUGUUUGUUUACCUUUUGUAUGUUGAGGUUUAUUUUGUUGGUUGCAUAUCUUUAUGUUGUUUGCGGUGACAAGCUUUGUGCCUACUGGUGAAGUGUUAACUGAAGAUGGUUAACACACUCACCUCAGAAAGAGACCUGGAUAGGGAUUGAGGUGUGCAAGGAAUUUUAAUUGACUGUCCAUUUAUUUACCGAAAUACUUUUUAAACUUCAUUUUUAACAACUGACAAUAUUGUCUAAAGUUUUUUCCCACCCAGCCCAAAACAAAACUAUUCAACUAACAAAUUUGAAAAAAAUAUUACUGAAAAUUCCAUUACUUAAUUUGGUGUGUGUGUGUGUGUGUGUGUGUGUGUGUGUGUGUGUGUGUGUGUGUGUGUGUGUGUGUGUGUGUGUGUGUGUGUGUGUGUGUGUGUGUGUGUGUGUGUGUGUGUGUGUGUGUGUGUGUGUGUGUGUGUGUGUGUGUGUGUGUGUGUGUGUGUGUGUGUGUGUGUGUGUGUGUGUGUGUGUGUGUGUGUGUGUGAGAAUCAGGUUCAGUAAAUUGACUAAUUGGGUGAAUGGCUGUAAUGUACAAAAUCUCCAGUUUGUUGUUAGUUCCCCCUGCCCAUCUCACCGUUCACCCGUAAAACCAAAUGACACAUUGCAUUACCCACUACAUGGUUUCAUUGAAGUCCUCUAUUUUGUGUCGUUAGUUCAUCCUGAAGAAUCUGGCUCGCUUUGAUUAAGGGACUGUUGCAUUAGCCCACCGCUCUCUGCUCAAAUCAGUGGAACUUCUUUAGAAAAAAAAAAAUAAGGUCUUUGGUCUUUGGCACUUUUAUUUCUAUUUUAAGAAAGGAAUGCCAUGUGAUUUUGAAGCAAGGUUUUGAGUGGAGUUACUUGUACGUUUUUUUGUGUUUUAUUUGUUUUAAGUAUUCUGUUAAAUCAGGUUUGUGUCUGUUUUAUUGUAGCGUAAAUGAUUGUAUGUGUGAAUGAGUGUUAUUUAUUUGAGUUUACCUGAGAAAUGUAACAUUGUGUGGAUACAUGAAGAGUUUUUGGUUUGUAUGUUUUUUUUUUUUUUUUUUUUUUGCCUAUGGAAUGAUGGAUGGUCUAUGUUUUUUUUUUACCCUGAAAAAAGAUGGCUGCCAAGUCAGAGUAAUGAAUGUUACUGUAAAUAGUUUAAUGGAGAGACACUGAUUUCUUACAUGGGAAUCUGAAUUAAAAGAUCAAAGUCCCUGUU